AUGGGAGGAAUGGGAAAGACAACUUUAGCCCAACUAGCCUAUAAUGAUGCCAAUGUCAACGCCCAUUUUAAAAAGAAAAUAUGGAUUUGUGUGUCAGAGCCUUUUGAUGUCAUGAAGAUUGCAAAAAAGAUUAUUGGUGAUGAGUCCAUAGGUUCAAAUGAGUUGGAUUAUGUCUUACAACGUAUGUCUAGAUCUAUUGAGGAAGAAAAGUUUCUCCUAGUAUUGGAUGAUGUGUGGAAUGAAGACAGUACACACUGGGACCAGUUAAAGGUACCAUUGAUGCGAAAUAGUGCUGAAGGCAGUAGAAUAUUGGUCACCACAAGAAAAGAAAGGGUUGCUAGUAUGGUGAGAUCAACCACUUUCACGAUAUAUCUUGGAGAGUUGAGUGAACAACAUUGUUUGUCAAUCUUCAAUCACAUGGCAUUUCCUAAUAGUGAAGCAGAUGAGUAUGAAGUGUUUGGAGAUAUUAGUAGGGAAAUGGUAAAGAAGUGCAAGGGUUUGCCUCUUGCUGCAAAGACUUUGGGUAGUCUCAUGCGUGAUAAGAGAACAAUGAAGGAAUGGAAAGAUGUUUUGAAUAGUAAGUUAUGGGAUUGGAAAGAAGUGGAGGAAGAAGUUUUCCUACCACUGCUUCUAAGUUAUUAUGAUUUGAUCCCUAUAGAUAGAUGUUGCCUUUUAUAUUGUGGAAUUUUCCCCAAAGAUUAUGAGUUAAAGAGGGAUGAAUUGAUAAAUCUUUGGAUGGCACAAGAUUAUCUUGAUUCGGAACGGAAUAAAGAUAAGGGCGUAGUUGGCAACAUUGUUUUUGAUAACUUAGUUGCACGAUCGUUUUUCCAAGAUUUUGAGGAAGAUGACGAUAGUGGUAAGAUUAUAUGUUGUAAAAUGCAUGAUAUUGUACAUGACUUUGUGCACUUUCUCACCAAGAAGGAAUGUUCAAUUACGGAGGCUAAUCAAGGUGCUAACAAUGAGAUAGAGGGAUUGGGCGGCAAGGUUCGCCAUUUAACCUUAACAUUUGUUCCCGACAGUUCAGAUUCACUUCCUACCUCAUGUUACAAUUGCAAAAAACUACGUACCCUCGCAGUUUUUAGCUCAAGACCAUCACUGCUAUGCAUAGACGCAAGUUUUGUUUUGCAAUUGAAAUGUCUUAGGACAUUAAAUUUGAUCGGUAGUUCCAUUAAAGAACCCCCAGAGGAGAUUGGUCAAUUGGUACAUUUGAGGCAUCUUGAUUUGUCUAAGAAUUCUUAUUUGAAGAAAUUACCGGACUCUAUUUGUAAUUUAUACAAUUUGUAUACCUUGGUCAUUCGGGAUUGCGUUUCACUUUCAAAUUUUCCUCGUAACAUGAGCAAGUUGAUUAAUUUAAGGCAUCUUUAUGUGAUGGGAUCUGGUCUGAAGUACUUGGCAAAAGGGAUAGGGAAUUAA